AGCAGUUUACGCCACUUUAGCGGGAGAAUUCGUCUCUGAAGAGUUGUGUAUCAUUGUUUUCUUGUAACUAACUGUAAAGCAGAGGCUUGCUUGACUAAACAGACAGGAUGCGUCGCUCAGGGGCCCCCAGCCAGGUCUUUGGUAACAUGGCGAAGAAGCCCCGGUUCGUCCCUCCUGGAGCCUCCCUUGCUGGUCCUCCUGAUCCCCCUGUGGGUACUCUGCUUGAACCGGAGCCUCUGGCCCCUAAACUCUCCCCGGGGAACGUGCUCUACAAGGUCCAGAGGAGCCUCUCAGCCCCUGCACCGCCCCUUGCCCUGCCUGUGAAGGCCUUCAGCCUGGCUAGGAGCAGCCCCCAAGCCCCAGGCCUGUCCAGAGCUCUAGCCAGGGUGCUAGGUGCAGCAGACAGUAAGAAGAACGAGCUAGAGCCUGAAGACACUUCCUUUACAGAGGAGAACACUGGAGACCCAGCUGAUUUCAGAUGUUCCUCACAGAGUCCGGCAGGAGGCUGGGGUCCAGUUGGGGUCGGGGCAGGGUCUGGUAGCAGUGCUGGUUCUGACGGGCCGCGGUACUUCAGUGUGAUGUGGUGUAAGGCCAGUGGGAGGAAACACAAACGCUGGCAGGGAGACGCUGUCCUGGUGACACGAGGGCGCACCGCCACGCUUAAAGACAUGGAGGGCAAGGACAUCGGCAAGGGUAGUGGCUAUAAGGUAUCAGAGCUGGCAUCGCUGGGUGAAGGAGAGACCUUGAUGAUAGGAGCUAAACAGGUGGAGGUGAUGGGACUCAUAUCAGAGCUGGACUACAAUAAGGGCCGCUGUUUCCUUGACGUCCAUGUGGAGAAGGAGGAGCCUAAGAUAUCAGCUCCUCCCGCCUCACGAUGCCCAGCUUCCAAACCGUUCUGCCGUCCGACGCUAUUGGGCGGAGAGACUGGUAGGGGAGUGGCCAAGCCUCAGGAGGAGGGGCCCUGUAAACCACGCCAUGACCCUCUAGCACCAGGAGCCAUUGUCAUGCCCCGGCCCUCAACCAAUCACCAGUGGACAUAUAACAAGGCAGGCCUCCCACUGGUGGACGUGGUGGUUGACCCCUACUUGACCGCUCACCUCCGACCCCACCAGCGAGACGGUCUGCAGUUCCUCUACGAGUGUGUCAUGGGGAUGAGGGCUACAUGUAGGUACGGUGCUAUCCUGGCAGAUGAGAUGGGUCUGGGUAAGACCCUCCAGAGCGUGGCUUUGACAUGGACGCUGCUAAAGCAGGGCCCAUACGGCGGGAAGCCGGUUGCUAAGCUUGUGCUGGUGGUUGCCCCUGGCAGCCUGGUGCAGAACUGGGGGGCGGAGUUUAAGAAGUGGCUUGGCCGUGAGAGGAUCAACGUCUAUACUGUUAACCAGGACCACAGGGUGGAGCUGUUUGCAGCGUCUCCUCUCCACAGUGUAUUAGUGAUCAGCUAUGAGAUGCUGCUUCGCUCUGGAAGUGGUGAGUUGGUACAGAAGCUGGAGUUUGGGCUGGUGAUCUGUGAUGAGGGUCACAGGUUGAAGAACAGCAGCAUCAAGACUUCCUCUGCCCUCAGCGGUCUCAGCUGUACACGCAGAGUUAUUCUGACAGGUACUCCUGUCCAGAAUGACCUGCAGGAGUUCUAUUCCAUCAUAGAGUUUGUGAACCCGGGAAUUCUGGGGUCGUCUGCUGCCUACAGGAAGGUGUACGAGGAGCCAAUCCUCCGCUCCCGACAGCCCAUCUGCACUGAGGAGGAGAGAGAUUUGGGGGAGGAGCGAGCAGCUGAGCUCUCUCGUCUGACUGGUCUGUUUAUUCUGAGGCGGACCCAAGAGAUCAUCAACCGCUACCUGCCGCCUCGUCUUGAUUGGACAGUGUUCUGUAGCCCCUCCCCCUUGCAGCGGGAGCUGUACCAGGCUCUCCUCUCGCACCGUGUCAUCCGAGCCUGUCUACAGGGGUCGACACAGACUCACACACACCUCGCCUGCAUCACCGCCCUGAAAAAGCUCUGCAACCACCCAGGACUGCUCUACUCCACUGUACAGGAGCGGUCUGAUGGCGGCUCAGCAGAGGGUUCUCUGUAUGAAGGGCUAAGAGGUGUCUUUCCAGAGUCUUACUCUUCUGGGGGCUUCAGUGCAGCUGACUCAGGGAAACUACUGGUCCUGUCUGACCUACUGACCACUAUUCACCACCUCAGCCCUACUGACAGGGUGGUGUUGGUGUCCAACUACACUCAGACGUUAGACCUGAUCCAGGACCUGUGUGUCCACCUGGGCUACACCUACUGUCGCCUGGACGGCAACACCCCCACCAUCCAGAGACAGCGAUUGGUGGACAACUUCAACAGCCCUCACUCCGCCCACUUCCUCUUCCUCCUGAGUUCUAAAGCCGGAGGGGUGGGGCUUAACCUGAUCGGGGCCUCCCACCUGGUCCUAUACGACAUCGACUGGAACCCUGCCAACGAUAUACAGGCAAUGUCACGAGUGUGGAGAGACGGACAGAAGAAGACUGUUCACAUCUACCGCCUGCUCACUGCAGGUACCAUAGAGGAGCGUAUCUUCCAGAGGCAGGUGUCCAAACAGGGGCUUUCUGGGACAGUGGUGGACUUGGGGAAAGGGGCGGAGCACACCAGCUUCUCCUCCAAUGAGCUGCGAGAUCUCUUCAGCCUGACGGACACACCCUGUCUCACUCACGACCUGCUACACUGCAGCUGCAGUAUGGACGGAUCAGCCCCGGAAGAAGGAAAGGAUGAGGCACCUGCGUCUGAUAGGUCGUGCCGGCUGGGUCGUCAAGGUGACCGUGGUGGGGCGGGGCGGGGCAGAAGCAUCUGAGCAUGUCAGAACUGAUGCAGUGGAGACACUUCGCAGGGGACACACACACCUUCAGAGAUGCUUACCUGGACCAUGCACGAACCCACAUCUCCUUCGCCUUCCAGUCCACCAUCUCACACACCACUCAGUAACACACACACACUCAGUAACACACAAGAAGUGUCCCUUUCUGAGAAACAUUGGACUAUGUUAUUCUUUCUUUAUAUUCUCUACUGUUUUUACAGUUUGAUAGAAGAGAACGUGUAAAUUACGGAAUAAACUGCUACAUUAUA